AUUACGUACACUGAACUCAAUGUGGUCCUAAUCUAUACUUCCUUACUUUCCUCAACUCAUGUCCUUAUUUGGUAUUUUUGUCUUUCACUGCAGUGCUACAAAUCUCAUGGGUCCUCCCCUCCUCAAGGGUGCAGCAGUCUGUCAGCUGGCUCACCUACAGCAGCUCCACCGACUCUCAACAGAGCACUCGCCAAAGGGAAAAGCUUCAGGAGUAGCUCCCUGUCCCUCAGUCCAGCCCAAAGACACCAGGACACUCAUCACUUCAGGACCCUGCCAAUCUCUCGAGGACCAAGGGUUGCUGGCCCCGCCUAUCAGCACCUGCAAGAGAAAGAGUCUACAGAGAUGGAGGCGGAGUCUUUAAGAGGGUUUGACACUGGGAGGGAUGAUGGUGACAACCGCCAGCGCGGCGGGUUCCAGAAUAUGCAAACCCUGUCUCGUUCCGCGUGGAAGAAAGAUUGGAGGGAGGUGCCCUACACCUGUCUGGACAGAGGACUAAAACCUGCUCCACCCUCUCUCCGCACACAAUCGGUCCCCAUCAUCCCCUCUCUCCAGGGACACGACCGCGAGGGGGGUCACAUGGAUGAGACCAGGCAAGGAGUCUCGCAGGGAGGGGGUCUCGCUGGGCCAAGUCACAAAGUCCAAGGACCUGCCAGUGGCAGCAACCACACCCCCCGUCACUCAACCACCUCUUCCUCUGAGACUGUAAUAGAAUCUGAGGCCAGACCCAGUCAUGUGCGUCCCUGCGGCGCUAAGACUGCACUGGGGUUAGGGACAAGCCCUAGCCACAUGCACCAUGGCUCCUCUGAAACUCCAGUAGGGCCAGGGGGCUCGUUCCAACACUCUGGUUUUUGUCCCUCCGGGACAGCAGCAUCCAGAUCAGGUGUUGCCAGGUUGAACAGCACAAACACUAUUAUUGCUGUGACCGUGCUGGAGUCCGAGGGAAAGAGCAUGCGGUAUACACCCAGACUGCUAUACAGCUGUCCCGGGAGCAGGGGUCCUCAGGCAGGAGGCCAAAGUGAGGCCCAGGGGCUCGGUGAACAAUACCCCCACCCCACCCCUAAUGGAUGGAGGGUCAAACUGCUUUCUGACAGCAGUGGUGAGCAGAGGUGCUGGAAUUGAUUAUGCCAAAACUUCUGCCAGCUGAUUGGACUAUAUCUUGCCGACAGGUGUGGUGAUAUUGAUGAUUUGUCGCCACAGAUGAUUUGUUUACAUAGCAGGUUAGGAUAAUUAAUGUUGGGGCAGGGAUGUGCAAAGAUGACAAAAUACAAUUUCAAAUUACCAUAAAGAACAACGUAUGAAAAUAAACUACAAAAUACUUAUAUUUUGAAAUGUAUUUAAUUAAAAAUA